AUGCUUCGAACUAUAGUGGACAGCAUGCUGGCCCAACUGCAUCCAAGUUCCCCGUGGGUUAGACUCAACCAAGGUCACACGAUCGAUUCAGACGUUGGUGAACCGGAUAUCGCGGACACCACACGUUUGGUAAAUCCUCGACAUUCUGUCGGGUAUCGGAUAUCCAGUAAUAAGCCACCACCAGGUUUAGGCUAUCCUCCGUUUUCUUAUGAACCACUCGAUCCAGAUGGUUCCGGUGGUUUGGGCUGGAAACAGCCAACAUUUCCGUGGCAUCCACGUCCGGCGGGAACAAAACACACACGACCAGACGAUUGCUUGACAAGGUCACAUCAUCCGUACCUAACCGGAUACGUGGCGGCGGAAGGCGAUUCACUGAAAUCGGACGAGAAUCGCACUAUAUAUGAUCAUCUGAUUGACAAGAACACGGAUGUCACUUAUUUGGAUCUCAGUGAUUCCAGUCGGCCUGGACCGAUUCUACGAUCAAAAUCAUCAUCACCACCCCGACAUCGUAACCGUCAUCUAUCCAAUCACCGUCAUCUUAACGAGAUGGUUGCAACACCGGUUGCUCGCAAAUUACCUCCACCUCCGAAUUCUGUGUUCCCGGGAAUCAGAUCACGUGGUCCAUUCGGUGCGAUUGAGAUUCCUUCAAAACGAUGGAUCGAAUUUGACGGUUCUUCACACAAUCAGAAGCCCAACAAUGAUCAGCCAAUUUGCGUUCAUUUCGAUUCUAAUGUGUUGACGGACUUCCGUUGUGCGAAUAGACCAAUAGGGAUGAAACACAGAGCAGCAAUGGUACCGAAUAACGUUUGCACUCUGUUAGAUGGGACCACGCAUGCACUUCCGUUUUCCGUAAGUUUAUGCAACUGUCGGAGUGCUAUACGGUUACAUGCAUAUAAAGAAUGCUAA